AGGUAUUUGCAGCUCUUGCGACAGAAAACAACACUGCGGCGAUCGAGGAGGACGUGCUGUGCCUCCCGCCCUCUCGCUUCCUAUUCUAUUCUGUUUUCAUUUUUUAUUUUGCAUCCUUCACCCGCCUGGACGUUUCCCAGACGAAGCAAAGCAGUCCACUUCGCGAGGUUUAUAGUAACGCCGCCUUAUUUGGUUCCGCUAAAUAAACUUAAAGGAAAACCUACCCACCUAUAUAAACACCUAGUAAUAAUACUAUAUAUAUAUAUAUAUAUAUAUAUUGACCACAAGGAGUAUUCAGCGUCGCGCCAAUGCCACCGAAGAACGCAUCCGCCAAGAACAAGCAGCAGCAGCAGCAGCACGGCGGCAACGGCAGUAACAACACCAAGAAAGGCAAGGGAAGCAAGAAUGACAGUGAAGAGGACUUCGACGCGCUGCUCGCGGCUGCCGUGAAGGCCACCAAGAACGACGCGUCAAAGAACCACAGCGGCAACAGCAACGGUAGCAAACACGGAGGUGCGGGCGGCAGCGGCGGUGUCCCGAGCAACAAGAGCCUGGCGGCAGAUGAGCCCGUUGUGCCGAGCUCCGCGGACCACCCGGAGAACCCGUACCGUGCCGCCGUGGCGGGCUAUCCUCGGCAGACCUGGCCGGAGCCGACGGUGCCGGUGGCGCAGCAGUUCCCCGCUGGCCAGUUCCCGCCAGGCGAGAUCGUCGACCACCCGGGCGAGAUGAAUAACUUCCGUCACAGCAGCGAAGAAAAGCGAGCACUGGCGCGGGCGAGUGAGCAGCAGGUGCAGGAGAUGCGCGAGGCUGCGGAGGUGCACCGGCAGGUGCGUACGUGGGCCCAGAGCUGGAUCAAGCCCGGCCUCUCCCUCAUGCUCAUGACUGACCGGAUUGAGAAGAAGCUAAAUGAAUUGAUUGGAAAGGACGGCAUCCUGCGGGGGCAGGCGUUCCCAACCGGCUGCUCGCUUAACCACGUCGCGGCGCACUACACGCCCAACACGGGGGAUGAGAAGGUUGUGGUGGCGUACGACGAUGUGAUGAAGGUGGACUUCGGCACGCAGAUUAAUGGCCGCAUUAUUGACUGUGCGUGGACGGUGGCCUUCAACCCCAUGUACGACCCCCUCCUGCACGCCGUGAAGGAGGCGACGUACGAGGGGAUUAAGCAGGCCGGCAUCGACGUGCGACUGUGCGAUAUCGGGGCUGCGAUUGAGGAGGUGAUGGAGUCGCACGAGGUAGAGAUCAACGGCAAGGUGUACCCCGUGAAGAGCGUCCGCAACCUGUGCGGGCACAACAUCGGCCCCUACCAAAUCCACAGCGGAAAGAGCGUGCCGAUUGUGAAGGGUGGAGAGCAGACGAAGAUGGAGGAGGGCGAGGUCUUCGCGAUUGAGACCUUCGGCUCGACGGGUCGGGGCCUGGUGAGUGAGGACUUGGAGUGCUCGCAUUACAUGAUGGCCCCUGGCGCGGAGACGAUGCAGCUGCGCUCCGACAAGGCGCAGCAGCUGCUGAGGCACAUUCAUAAGUCGUACAGCACGCUCGCCUUCUGCCGCAAGUGGCUCGACCGCGACGGCUUCGAUCGCCACUUGAUGAACUUGAACCAGCUGGUGAAUGAGGGGGCCGUGAACAAGUACCCGCCCCUGUGUGAUGUGAAGGGCAGCUACACCGCGCAGUUUGAGCACACCAUCUUCCUCGGUCCGACCGCGAAGGAGAUUUUGUCGAAGGGGUCGGACUAUUAA